AUUACACCCAUGUGCUGGGGGCUAAGUACUAGCAGGAAGAGGCUGCACACUGCGCCGGUAUCGAGCUGCUGGAGUUUGCGCUGCGCCUCUACCCUGCUGGAGUACGGAUCAUCCCCUCACAGCAAGUGCAACAGCCAGAGCCUUAGGGUGUGUGAGGAGUCAGGGUGGGAGGGAAAAGCUGCUAAUCUCCUCCCUGCUGACUCCUGCACUGCCAGAUCCCCCAGCCCGCUGAUUCUCUUGGAACAGAAACACACGCAGAGGCUUCACCUGGGACACAAAGUUGUACGGGGAUUAGUGGCAGCUGCCAAAGCAUGGGCUAAGGGCACAACUCCCACUCACCCUGCCCCUACUGGUAUUUACUAACCAUGGCUGUGUGUGCAGUAAGCGCUGGAACAGAACAUAGACCCACUGGUCACCAUACCUGUGGCUUAAUUCCUGGUGGAUCCUAGACUUUGCUCGCCUUCAUUGACCCUUCUCCCACCACUUUCUUCCUUGGUUUCAUGUAAUUAACUCUUUGCACCACUAACGGAGGAGGAUGCUUUGGACUUGCAGGUUAAUAUGUCACUGUUUGGCUACUGCUUGUGUCCUUUGGAUCUUCAAGAUUGUUCCAUCUUCCAGCCAGGUACAGAGGAACCCCUUUCAGUGGGGAUUUGUCAACAGAUUUGGCCCUGAGCACAGUCCACCCCUGAGCUCUAGAAAUGAGUGGAGUGUGUGGCACAGUUGGUCACCAUGUUCUCGAACCUGUGGUGGAGGUGCUGCUGUACGCACCAGGACAUGCCUAAUCAGGGACCAAGGAAGCCCAAUGUGCCCAGGCGAAAUGAGACAAUACCAAGUAUGCAACACACAGGACUGCCCUUCAGGAGUUGCAGAUUUCAGGCAUUUCCAGUGUUCUGCAUACAACAAGAAGCCUUUGAUGGGAAAUUACUUCAGAUGGGUUCCUUUCUACUCUGGUCAAAGUGAUUGUGAGCUCAGCUGUUUGGCAGAAGGACAGAAUUUUUAUUAUAACUUUGGUCGAGUUUUAGAUGGAACAUCAUGCCAUUCAGACUAUGAUGGCUUAUGCAUCAAUGGGCAGUGCCUGAAAAUUGGCUGUGAUCUUAUCCUGGGAUCAGAGGAGAAGACAGACAUUUGUGGAGUUUGUGGUGGGAAAAACAUCUCAUGCAGGCAUUACCAUAAUGUAUACACUACCAAGUACCCACCGUCUGGACUCUUUGGAUACAAUGAAGUGACCAUGAUCCCCACAGGAGCCACUAACAUCAAGGUGACUGACAGAAGUAACAAUUAUUUGGCCCUAAGAAACAGAAAUUACCACUAUGUCAUCAAUGGCAACUGGGCCAUUAGCUAUCCUGGUGUCUACAAUGUGGCAGGGACCAAAGUCCACUAUAAACGUGCUGCUGAUAAUCAAGAGACUUUUGAGUCACAAGGACCCACCAGUGAGGAUCUACACAUUAUGGUACUUUUUACUGAGCAGAAUUUGGGGAUUGAGUAUGAAUACUGGCUUCCCAAGGAUUAUUAUAUACAGCACCAAAGAGACCGCAGCUCUCUGCAAGAAUAUGGAGAGGUCUCCGUGCCUCCUACCCAUCCCUCUACCACACAGCCAACACCAAAGACCACUGCACAAAUUCUAACACAUCACAUCAAGAAGCAGCCCCAGGCACGUCUCCAAAGGGAGAACACUGAGUGGAAUCAAGUUAAGGAAUCUAUAGAGAACAGUAAAUGUGGAAAGUGCAAAAAAGUGAAAGGACGACAAAAUAAAGUGAAGCAAUAUUGUCAGAAGGACUUUGUUUUCAGAGGAAGAGUUUUAAGCAAAAAGACAGUUGGGAAGGAAACGUGUUACGAUAUUCAAGUGGUUAUGACCUACAAAAACAACUUUCCUAUUCUGAGACGGGAAUACAUUUGGGUUCCGAACACUUGUGAUUGCCCUUACAUGUCGGAAAAAAGGGAAUAUAUUAUAAUGGCACGGAGACAUGUCAACUAUGAGCACACAUUGAACAGGAUUUUGCUGGAGACCCAUAGUUUUGUUCGCCCCUACAGUCCAAAGGAGGACAAGAUGCUCAGAGACCUUGACAAAGAAUGUGCCAAAUAUGGAAUCCAAAGUACAAAACAGAAUCAUUAACUGUUUAGAACCAAGGAAAACAUUGUAUUUCCUGUAGUUCAGUAUAACUAUCUACAGAUGGCUUUGUACAGUGUAUUUAAUAUUUUAUUGCACAGUGUGUAAACGUAUAUAAAGUGUGUAGUUGGAGAUACUAUACACUUUAGAAGGGUUGCAGAGUAUUGAAGCUGGUUAUGCAUGAUGAGAUGCAGAUGGAGGACUUAUUGACUGCUGCUCUGUGUGGAAAGCCCUUCACUAUUUAUUUUGCCUUCCUGCAAUUAUAUCAUAGUCUGGUCUGCUGAUGCCUCCCAUGAACAAAUGUUAGAGAAUUGGCUAACCUGGAAGUGACAUUGUCUGCAGCGGCCUUCCAUAUCUUAUGGCAUCAUUAGAUCCUGUAUCAUAUGAGUGAGCCAGUUCAGCCUGGCCACCCAUAUUUCACAUCUAUUCAUAUUGCCACAGUUUAGAUAUGUGGAUCACAUGAGAAUCCACCUAUCUGUGAUUCCUUUGGUUGUUGUAAAUUACAGAUACUCUCUUAACCUGUAACCGAGUCUCUUCUUAUUUUUUUCCUGCUGCUUUCUUUUAGUUGAAAUCACAAUUUUUACUCAAAGAAACACUAUUUCUGUAUACAGAAAACUUCCUAGUAACAAAAUAUAUCUGUCAGUGUUAGGCUAUUUACACACAGAGCAUGUACAUAUGGUUGUAUGGUUCAAUUGAAAUAUGCGUGUAUAAGCACAUAUGAACUUUAUACUACUCACCUUUUUAUACCACUUACCAUGCACUUACAAUGCAUUUGCCAAUAAAAAAUGAUGCAUUCCA